AAACUCAGACCUAAUUCUCCCUCAGUGUUUGAUUUGACCUAGAUAGGUUCCGUAUUUUGCGGCGAAAGAUGGCGCUUGAGUGGGUUGUGUUGGGCUACGCAGCUGCGGCGGAGGCGAUCAUGGUGGUUCUGUUGACCUUGCCGGGUCUCGACGGUCUCCGCAAGGGAUUGGUCGCCGUCACUCGCAAUCUUCUGAAGCCGUUCCUCUCCGUCGUUCCGUUCUGUCUCUUCCUCCUCAUGGACAUCUACUGGAAGUACGAGACGCGUCCUUCGUGCGACGGCGAGUCCUGCACUCCGACGGAGAAUCUCCGUCACCAGAAAUCCAUCAUGAAGUCUCAGAGAAACGCGCUCUUGAUCGCCGCCGCGUUGUUGUUCUACUGGAUUCUGUAUUCCGUUACUCAUCUGGUCGUCAGAAUCGACCAGCUUAACCAGCGGCUCGAGAGGCUUAAGAACAAGGAUUAGAUCGCGAUUCUCAGGUUCCAUUUGCUGUAAUACCUUUUUCUAAAUUUCAAUGUCGUUCUGUAUUCCCUCGUCUCGUUACGCCUUUUCGUGCUUGUUUACCUCGUUUUAAUGUUGCUUCUGUUUCCUGGAGAUCGAAGGAUAUAUAAUACAAGUGCUUUUGCCUUAUCUAA